CUAAAAUCCAAUUUGAGAACUCAUGAUGGAGACCGAGGACAACGUCGUUGGCACGCUGUUCUUGCAGAACGGAGAAGACAAUGGCUACGACCCAGAAGACUUUGUGCAGGGGCUGGACGUGGGGAGCUCGACGCCGCACUUUCGCAUCUCAGUAGCGGACGAUGACGGUGGCAUCCCCGGUUCGCUCUUCGCUUGCGCUGUCUGGAACGGAGCGAAAUUCAUCGCCAUGCACUUCGCCAAACAUCCCGAGCUGGUGGAGGGUCGGAGGGUCGUGGAAUUCGGCGCAGCUUCGGCACUGCCGUCGCUUGUGGCACUCCAUUUCGGUGCAAAGUUGGCUGUUAUGACAGAUUACCCGAACGACUUAUUGUUGAAAAACAUUGAAACGAAUAUCAAGCGUAACGCACAUUUAUUGGGGACUGGGAGACGUGACGUACGGGGACAUCUCUGGGGUAGUGACACAGCUGCGUUGCUGAAAUGUCUUGAUGCUCCCCCGUCUGCCGUGUUGGACGAGCAAAAAGAGUCUGAAACUCCAGACGACUCGACAAAAGCUCAAUUUGAUGUGGCAGUUGUUGCAGAGUGUCUAUGGCUGCAUGACCUGGAAAGGUGCGACAUGUUCUUCUUCUAUAUGAAUCGCAUUGUCUGUUAA